AUUGAGAACAGUGUAGAUUGCUAACCUUGGCAUCCGAUUAUACUGUAUUUUCGGUGACUCGGAGUCGAAGGCAGGCGGAGCUCGGGGUGGACCUUCGGCCUGCUCCACACCUAAGCUACCCCACUUCAAAGAGGUACCUAUCAUUGGCAUUGCGUAGCGCUAAGCAGCGGCUCCUUAUCUGACGCCAGACGGUUAACCGCUUGCUUCAACUCUCGACGAGACGGCCGCUUGAACAACAACCCGCAGCCUCGUUAAGGAAUGAUUGGCGACAAGCAAAGCUGCUGUGCGAUAUGUCAAGGUGACUUACAGUACCGAGGCUGCCGGCAGUCGUCACUGGCGAGAUUAGGCGCGCGUUGGCCUCGGCCCAAAGCAACAACCCCUCGCAAGCCCUGCAGUUCCUAGACAGACACGCCCAUUUCGUUCGACAGCCAUCAUUGCCAGCGACCGUAGAUAAGCUUGUUGGCUGCCUGCCUUCACGAUGGCUGUCUUGAAUAGCAGAGUUUCGAAGCCGCGACCUCCCUCCUCUCGGUCUCGCUCGAAGUCAUCCAAAUCUUGCGAUAAGCGGUUGCUCGACGCUGCUGAAGUCGCGGAUACCACGGUGACAACCCAUCUUGCUGGCGAUACCUCUCCUGCGCGAUCUACAAAAAGACAGUGCAGCGGAGCGGAUAUUGACCCGGCGUCUGAUUCCGACGCGUCGCCUGCGAAGAGAGCCCGACUGGCGCCGCCUCAAGACCAGCUUUCAACGCUUGACGCCACAACGGAGCAGCUGGACAAGCCAAAGCCGAAACAGGCGCAAGCCGCUUUUCUCAAGGACUUCGUCGACCCAGUUCAGCCGACCCCUCCUGGCCCGUCGUUCCGCACAGUCAUAUCAGAGUGGUUGGAGUCUGUGGACUCCGGCGAGGCACAACGUUGCCGGUCGGACAGCUACCUUUAUCGCAGCAGGCGCCCAAUAGCCAGACAACCCGCAAAAUCAACGCCAGAGAUGGGCUACACACGGGAUGCCGAUGGCUUUGCGGUCCCCCAGACACCUGCGUCGAGUUCGUCCCGACCCUCCCGUGCAGGGGACCAGGAUUGGACUGCAUCGUAUACUGCAUCGGUGGCGUCGUCGGGCGUUUCCGGUUCCAAUUCCACCUCCGGUCGAUCGUCAGGAAAGAGUCUAAUCGAGGAACCGCUUUAUAGGGUGACAAACCUGGCUGCGAACAACAUACACUUCCGCCAUGCAUACGACGAGUUCCCCGCCGAGGUUGCAGGCCUCGUCAACUACGUCGGUCAGGAGCGCGAUUCCCCGGGUCCAUCCUUUGAGGAAAUCAGGCAAAAUAAGAGAUUGCGGGACUUUGGCAUGGAAGGAGCAGAACCUAAUGUAGAGGAGUAUUUCAAUACUCACCUCUUCCCAAACCCGGAAGCGUCCGAUCCUCUUAAACGCAGCGCCAGACAGUUGAUAGCCAAACACACUGUUCCCAGCACGGGAUCGAAGCACAAAGUCAGUACACCAGUUCCUAAUGUGCUCUAUGGCUAUAACCGCUCCGUAGCUUUUACCCAGCAACAAGGGCAGCUCAUAUCCAUGGACAACAAAAUGGUAGCAAACAGUCAGGACCUUCUCUAUCUCUUUUUCGUGGCUACAAACCAAUGCCUGGGGGGUUCGGCGUCCUACGUUAAUGUCGCCGAACGCCUAAACUCCCAACUCAGGAAGUGUCGGAAUGAUCAGGUUCGCCCAAUCACAACAGCAGCGUUCAGCAAUGCCAUAAGUGGUACAGAAGCUAGGCUCUACCAAGUUGAAAGCUUUGUACUACAGAGGCCGGAACACUACCUCGAAUUCCGCAAGUACGUGCGGAACAUCAUCGACUGGGGCAAGGACAAGCGGCUGAAGGAGAUCCGAGACUCCUUAGACAUACUGCUCGAGGAGAGCAGGAAGAGGGCGGCCGAGGUUAAGAACCGGCCCGCUCCUUCUGACAGCUCCUCCGGAAGCGGGACUAAGAAGAGGAAACCGUCAUCAUCCUCCCGGGCAGAUGCAGAGUUCAGGCAACCGCCUCCUUCUGAGUCCUUCGCUGCCAGAGGAGGGCAAGCAGCGGUGAGUUGUCUGUCAUGGGUAACCUAUUGA